AUUCCCCCAGAAAUACCCCAAAUCCAGUUCCGAAAACCUGGAAACAGCUGAUUGUGUUGUCAAAGAUCUGUCAAAAUCGUAUUUUCGUUUAUUUCUUUUCGGUGUUUGGGAGCAGUGUAAUAGGUCAAAGUAACAUAAGCAGGCAACAUGGGUUUACAUGAAUUUAUAAAUUAUGUUGUGUAUGACAAUCCUAUAACGCAAAGUGUUAAAUCGUUUGUUUUACCAGAUAAAAUGUCACCUAUUCCCCCCCAAACAGUUGUCAUAACAGAAACUAAACCAUUGUGGAAAUUGGCGGCUGAAACUGGGCCAUUCGUUCGUGUGGCGGGAUUGAUGGGUGCUUCGGCUGUAGCUUUAGGAGCCUAUGGAGCUCACAGGUCAUAUCCCAAAGACAAGGCAGAUGAGCUUAAACCGAUUUUUGAAACUGGAAACAGAUAUCAUUUUCUACAUACCUUGGCGAUAUUGGGAAUGCCUCUAUGCAGAAAUCCAAAACUGAGUGGUACUUUAAUAAUCAUGGGAACAGUAUUAUUCUCAGGAGCUUGUUACUACCAUGCUUUUACAGGGAACAACAAGUUUGGAAAAUUGGCACCUGUAGGUGGAACAAUUUUAAUUGUGGGUUGGUUGACAAUGAUUUUGUAAUUUUUAAAUGCAUGUAAACGUAUUUUAAGCCUAGCGACAUAAAUGUAUAUUAAUUA